GAGCUAAACCUCGCGCUGCCCAGAGUUUGUCAGUUUCCUAAAGAUAGCGGACCAGGAUCUGACUGCGUGUGUCCGCCGGAGACACUUUGAUAGAAAACUAUCCGUAUUUACAGAAGCAUCGGAAGGGCAGAGAGACGGUCUUCACACAAACAGUUGUGUGCACACUUGUGUCUGUGUGUGAUGACCCAUUUGAGAAGAAACACACUCUGAGAAGUGCCCUUAAGAGAAUCUCAGAGCUAAAGGAGGAAUUGCUGUCUGUAAUAUCUUCUCCCCUGGAUCCAUCCUCCAAGUUUGAGGUUGAAGAGGAGCUCCUCCUCCUCCUGCCAGGGGACAUACCAAACACUUUCAGCAAGCCAUGCCAAACUGAUACCGGAGUAACAGAGCUGACAGUGGGACUAUGUGUUAAGGAUUGUCUGUUGAAUUCUUAACUACUUGGAGCCCACUGAUAUUCUUCUGCAGCUGUUAGAGGAAGUUGUUUUGACAAUGGGGAGGAAGAAGAUCCAGAUCACUCGGAUCGUAGAUGAGAGGAACCGCCAGGUGACUUUCAUGAAGAGGAAGUUUGGUCUGAUGAAGAAGGCCUAUGAGUUGAGCGUUCUGUGCGACUGUGAAAUCGCCCUCAUCAUCUUCAACAGCUCCAACAAGCUAUUCCAAUAUGCCAGCACAGACAUGGACAAAGUCCUACUGAAGUACACCGAGUACAACGAACCACACGAGAGCAGAACCAACUCUGACAUUGUAGAGGCCCUGAACAAGAAGGAGCACAGAGGCUGCGACAGCCCCGAUGCUGACGCCUCCUACAUCCUCACCCCCAAUACUGAGGAGAAAUACAAAAAGAUUAAUGAAGAGUUUGACAACAUGAUGAAGAGUCAUAAAAUUUCCACAGGCCUUCCACAGCAGAACUUCAUGCAUGUCGCACCAGGCAGCAUGCCGUACAGCCCCGGUGCAGGAGGAGGAGGAAGAGGAGGAGGAGGAGGAGGAGGAGGAGGAGGAGCGACCUCCCAAGCUCUAGCUGCAGCCACAGCUGCUCUGGCUGACAGUGGGAUCCUCUCCUCGCCUCACACACACCUCAACAGAAACAUAAACUCUUCACAAAGACCUCCCAGUACAGGAAACACAGGUGGCCUGCAGGGCAGUUCUGAUCUGGCUCUGCAAAAUGGGUCUGGACCAGUUGUGAAUGGUUUUGUGGGUUCACCUUGUGGAAGCAGCCUAGGGAAGAUACCAUCCAAAUCUCCUCCUCCUCCUCUUCCACCUCCUGGGAACAGCCUGGUCCCUAGCAGCCGCAAGACGGACCUCCGAGUGGUCAUCCCUCAGUCCAAAGGAAUGAGUAACCAGAGGCUGAGCAGCAGUCAGUCCAGCCAGCCUCUGUCCACCCCAGUGGUCUCCAUCACCACACCCAGUCUGCCUCACCAGAGUCUGGUCUACUCCGGCAUCAGCUCUGCCUACAACACCGAUUACUUCCUGAACAGUGCGGAGCUGUCGGGCUUCAGCUCCCCUGCAGGCCCCUCUUUGGGCUCCAUGGCGGCAUGGCAGCAACACCAGCUGGGCUCACUGGGGUCCGGGAGCUCCAAUCUCUCCAUCAACACCAACCACAACAUCAACAUCAAAGCCGAGCCGAUCUCCCCACCCCGCGACCACCUCAGCCAAUCAGGGUACAUGACCCAGGCUCAUGCCCCUCCUCAUCCUCACUCCUCAUCCACCCGAGCAGAGAUGGGGAGGUCUCCUGCAGACAGCGUCAGCUCCUCCUGCAGCUCCCACGAGGGUGGCAGCGACCGGGAGGAGCAGCAGCAGCAGCAGCGGCUGGACUUCCACUCGCUUCCUGUGAGUCGGUCAGAGGGCGGGGAGAGUCCGGCGGUCAAACGAAUGCGAAUGGACAGCUGGGUGACAUAAACCCGACAGUUACAUGGCAUCACCAGGGCAAACACAGGAGGGACACUGUUAUGCAAAUGAAAUGUGGAUUUUAUUGAUGUGUUCAAUUAUUUUUCAUUAAGCUAUCUCUGUUGUUUGUUUGUUUGUUUUGGUGGUCAGAUUUUUGAGAAGAGUUGAGCAAAAAUGUGUCUGAAACUUCGGGCUCUAUCAGAAUCAAAUCAUCAACUUUCAGAAAAUCUUCAGUGUUACUUAAAACAUAACCUGCCAUCCUUUUGAAAUAUAUAUCAUUUAAGCAUCACAGACUGAUAAUGUGGGUCCAAUUGCAGUACAAUCAUCUUCUUAUCCAGUGAGAUGCAGUGCUGUACACAGAAGAAUCAAAAAAAGGUGGGAUUAGUGUUGUCUGUCAGUCUUGUGGUUUCAUGAUUUGGGCAGUAAAGCAGUGAAGUGCUUCUGGAUGUCUCCCAUUGGGUGUCACCCAAUUCACAUCUGAUCUUCUCAGGGUUCGCAUGAGUCCAACAUGAAAGCAAUACUCCCACCACAUAAUCCCUGUUACUCCUCUUUCUAAAAACACUUAUUUAUAUCAGCCAAAGCAGUAUGCUGUUCUUAUGUUGUUUGUGUGUGUUUUUAUAUUGUGCACAGAAUAAGACAAUUCAUUCAGAUUUAAAACUGAAAGCCAUGGACACUUGUUCUGUAUGUACUUAAAAUAUGUCGUUAUUGUUUUGUACAUACUAUCUUUAAUAUAUAUCACUUUUGGUGUAACUAUAUAUUGUUAAUCUGUUUGUUGUAUGAAAUACGACACCUCCACCAGGUUUUACAAAAGUAUAUUUUUGUGGAUGAUUGCCACAAUUACAAGGUAUUGUCCUUUCCUUUCUCAUCAAGUGUGUGUUGGAUAAAUCUGUUUUGUGAAGUACUCCAUGCUGCACUAUCUUGAAACCAGGUCUUCAAAAAUAUUCUGAAAGGUAAAUGCACUCUAGAAAAAAAACAUUUUUGUGAACAAAACAAAUCUAGCUCUUCAGAAACUGUUUUGCAAAGGGGCGCACUAUAAAAGAAAACGAUGCUAAUAGAAAAGAAAAAAAACGUUCUGAUAGCCUUAGCAGGGCUAAAUCUGGCCGAACUGAUGAGGUGGGCUGAGAAUGCAUACGGGAUGAGAUGAAAUCUGCUUUUUUAAUUGCAGUGGGAAAAACACACGGCUAACACACCUAUAUGGACAAAAGUUGUACUUAUGUGGAUUCAUGUGAGAAAAUGGAACGUGUGGUUAAGUACAAAGUAGCACAUGUGGUGAGGAGUGCAAAAGCUGCAAGAGUAACCACAGUGGUUCUACUGAAUGAAGCAAAUCAGUCAUAGGGGGGGGGAGAAAGACAGAGACAAAAAGAGCUGAGAGAAAGUUUUGUAACACAUUCAUGGUGUACCUUUUUACAGAAGGAAGAAAACAUAACUUGGGUUCAUAAACAAUGACAGUAUGUAAGGGAGUAUCAUCAGAAUACCCCGAAAACAAUGCUGCAUUUGAAUGAUACCGCCUUAAGGUCUGCCAGAUGCAGAGGUGACAAUAAAUGGUGACUGUACAAAGCAAAACUGCA